ACUUCCAGCUGAAACAUGAAGCAGACUCUCAGCUUCUUAGAUCCAUUCAGGUCCAGAGUGAAACAGUCCAACCUUCAUCCAGCUUCCAGCCUUCACUGAUGCUGAAGCUGUUUCUGCUGGAGAUCCACAUGAAGAGUGACUCGGCUUCACAUGUUGUCAUCCUGGAUUUACACUCACAUCUCCAUCUGUCUCACUCCAGAUGUUUCUCUGUUCCAGCUGCUGGAGGACAACAUGGUGGCUUUCAUGAAGGAGGAGCUGAAGAAGAUGAAGAAGCUCCUGAGUCCAGAUUACCCAGCAUGCUUUGGGAGUGAGAGAGAGGAUGAGGAUGAAGAGCAGAGGAGCAGCAGAGAGUCAUUAGUGAGGAUGACUCUGGACUUCCUGAGGAGGAUGAAGCAGGAGGAGCUGGCUGAGCGUCUGAGGAGCAGAACUUCUGCUGCAAUCUGCCAACAGAAGCUGAAAUGUGGCCUGAAGAAAAGGUUCCAGUGUGUGUUUGAAGGAGUCUCUAAAGCAGGAGAGUCCACCUUCCUGAACCAGAUCUACACAGAGCUCCACAUCACAGAGGGAGGGGCUGCAGAGGUCAAUGAGGAACAUGAGGUCAGACAGAUUGAAGCAGCAUCCAGGACAGCAGACAGAGCAGAAACAAGCAUCAGACCUGGAGACAUCUUUAAAGCCUCACCUGGAAGAUCUCAACCAAUCAGAGCAGUGCUGACAAAGGGAGUGGCUGGCAUUGGGAAAACAGUCCUGACUCAGAAGUUCACUCUGGACUGGGCUGAAGACAAAGACAACCAGGACAUCCACUUCACAUUUCCAUUCACCUUCAGAGAGCUGAAUGUGCUGAAGGAGAAGAAGUUCAGCUUGGUGGGACUUGUUCAUCACUUCUUCACUGAAACCAAAGAAGCAGGAAUCUGCAGCUUUGAAGACUUCCAGGUGGUCUUCAUCUUGGACGGUCUGGAUGAGUGUCGACUCCCUCUGGACUUCCAGAACACUGAGUUCCUGACUGAAGUUACAGAGUCCACCUCAGUGGAUGUUCUGCUGACAAACCUCAUCAGGGGGAAACUGCUUCCCUCUGCUCGCCUCUGGAUCACCACACGACCUGCAGCAGCCAAUCAGAUCCCUGCUGACUGUGUGGACAGGGUGACAGAGGUCCGAGGGUUCACCGACCCCCAGAAGGAGGAGUACUUCAGGAGGAGGUUCAGAGAGGAGGAGCAGGCCAGCAGGAUCAUCUCCCACAUCAAGACCUCCCGAAGCCUCCACAUCAUGUGCCACAUCCCGGUCUUCUGCUGGAUCACUGCUACAGUUCUGGAGAAGGUGUUGAAGAGCAGAGAGGGAGGAGAGCUGCCCAAGACCCUGACUCAGAUGUACAUCCACCACCUGGUGGUCCAGGCCAAAGUCAAGACGGUCAAGUAUGAUGGAGGAGCUGCCACAGAUCCACACUGGAGUCCAGAGAGCAGGGAGAUGAUGGAGUCUCUGGGAAAACUGGCUUUUGAGGAGCUGCAGAAAGGAAACCUGAUCUUCUAUGAACCCGACCUGACAGAGUGUGGCAUCGAUCUCAGAGCAGCCUCAGUGUACUCAGGAAUGUUGACCCAGAUCUUUAGAGAGGAGAGCGGCCUGUACCAGGACAAGGUGUUCUGCUUCAUCCAUCUGAGCCUUCAGGAGUUUCUGGCUGCUCUUCAUGUUCAUCAGACCUUCAUCAAGUCUGGAAUCAACCUGCUGGAAGAACAACAGAAAACCUCCUGGUGGUCAAAAGUGUUGAAGACAAAACCUACUCUCCACCUUCUCCAUCAGACAGCAGUGGACGAGGCCUUGAAGAGUCCAAAUGGACACCUGGACUUGUUCCUCCGCUUCCUCCUGGGUCUUUCACUGCCGACCAAUCAGAGUCUCCUUCGAGGUCUGCUGACACAGACAGGAAGUAGCUCACAGACCAAUCAGGAAACAGUGAAGUACAUCAAGAAGAAGCUGAGUGAGAGUCUGUCUGCAGAGAGAAGCAUCAAUCUGCUCCACUGUCUGAAUGAACUGAAUGAUGGUUCCCUGGUGGAGGAGAUCCAACAGUCCCUGAGAUCAGGAGGUCUGUCCACAGAGGAACUGUCUCCUGCUCAGUGGUCAGCUCUGGUCUUCAUCUUACUGUCAUCAGAAGAAGAUCUGAAGGAGUUUGACCUGAAGAAAUACUCUGCUUCAGAGGAGGCUCUUCUGAAGCUGCUGCCAGUGGUCAAAGCCUCCAACAAAGCUCUGUUGAGCAGCUGUGGUCUGUCAGAGAGAAGCUGUGGAGCUCUGUCCUCAGUUCUCAGCUCUCAGUCCUCCAGUCUGACACAUCUGGACCUGAGUAACAACCAGCUGCAGGAUUCAGGAGUGAAGCUACUGUCUUCUGGACUGGAGAGUCCUCACUGUAAACUGGAAGCUCUCAGGUUGAGCAGCUGUGGUCUGUCAGAGAGAAGCUGUGGAGCUCUGUCCUCAGUUCUCAGCUCUCAGUCCUCCAGUCUGACACAUCUGGACCUGAGUAACAACGAGCUGCAGGACUCAGGAGUGAAGCUACUGUCUUCUGGACUGGAGAGUCCUCACUGUAAACUGGAAGCUCUCAGGUCUGCUGUCCUGAAUGUUGGACGUCUCCCUGCUUCAACUCACCUACAUCUCAUGAUGUUGUCUUCACCAAGCUUCUCUAGAGGCCCAGUAUUCACAGCCCGUCACUCUGGAUAGUAACAGUGUAACUUCAACAUUCUCCAAUGGCGAUUGGAAAAAGGUAAAUCAGAAGAGGCAGGUCUUCUUUAAAUGAACCUGUUGGGGUUUACGAUUGGUAAUUUGGAAUAAAUUAGUAAAGUAUUGAUUACCGGGAGUAAUUGAUUACUGUAAGUAAAUUAGUUACUUAUUAAUUUGAGUAAAGUUUGAUUUACCAGUUAAUAAUUGCAGGCCAUUAACAGUGAAUCACCACCAACAAUCAAUUACGGUGUGAUAAGCCAACCCUCCUCAUUUGCCACACUUUUGUCUGUGUUAGGCUUCCGUAACGCACGACACGAACUGUUAUUCUGAUCGCGCACAUCGAGCACGGCGGAGAGCCUGUCUUCCUUCUGAUAGUCAGUGAUUUGUAUGGCCUGCAGAAAAAUCAUGUACUACAGAACAACCGUUCUGGCUGCGUUCCGUCAACGGAGCGGAAUCACGGCAGCACCGUCUGCGGUGCCUCUGCAGUCCGCUGGACGAGGUUGCCAGAUCUGUCGCUGCCCCCUGUAAACAAUAUGAAACCCAUUUAAGUCAAUAGAAAGCCGCCCAAACCCCCAUCUUGGUUGAAAAUGCACGUUAGAACCGUAUUUGUAUAAUAAAAAAAAACAUUUCAUAAACACAUAAUCAUUUCUUCAACCCGUCCGACGUGUUCAAAAAAGAAGAAGCUUCAUUUGGCAGAA